GGCCGCGUUCCUGGCCGCCGCCCCGGGCGGCGCAGGCAGCAAACCAUCGGCGAAGUUCGAGCUGAUCCACCGGGGGCAGGCGCCGUGGGACGAGGUGGCGCGCAUGGACCAGGAGCGCACGGCGUUCAUCUCCUCGCACGCGCGUCGCCGGGCGACGGAGGCGGGCCGGGCCAAACCCAAGCCCAAGGCGAAGGCCAAGGCAGCGCCGGCCGACGAGGCCUUCGCCAUGCCGCUCUCGUCGGGCGCGUACACGGGGACGGGGCAGUACUUCGUGCGCUUCCGCGUAGGCACGCCGGCGCGACCGUUCCUGCUCGUGGCCGACACCGGCAGCGACCUUACCUGGGUCAAGUGCCGCCGCCACGCCGCGCCCGCGCCCGCGCCCGCGCCAGCCCCGGGCUACAACUACGGCUACGGCGCCCCAGCGUCGAAUGACUCCUCGUCGGUCUCGGCGGCGGCAUCCUCCCCCGCGCGCGUGUUCCGGCCGGACAGGUCCCGGACGUGGGCGCCCAUCCCGUGCUCCUCCGACACCUGCACGGCGUCCCUGCCCUUCUCGCUCGCCGCCUGCCCCACGCCCGGCAGCCCCUGCGCCUAUGAAUACCGGUACAAGGACGGGUCGGCGGCGCGCGGCACGGUGGGCACCGACUCGGCGACCAUCGCGCUGUCGGGGCGGCGGGCCGGCAAGAAGCAGCGGCGAGCCAAGCUGCGGGGCGUCGUGCUGGGCUGCACCACGUCCUACACCGGCGAAAGCUUCCUGGCCUCCGACGGGGUGCUCAGCCUCGGCUACAGCAACGUCUCCUUCGCGUCCCGCGCCGCGGCGCGCUUCGGCGGCCGGUUCUCCUACUGCCUCGUCGACCACCUGGCCCCGCGCAACGCCACCAGCUACCUCACCUUCGGCCCCAACCCGGCCGUGUCCUCGGCCUCGGCCUCGAGGACCGCCUGCGCGGGCUCGGCCGCGGCGCCCGGCGCGCGGCAGACGCCGCUGCUGCUCGACCACCGGAUGCGCCCGUUCUACGCGGUGGCCGUCAACGGCGUCUCCGUCGACGGGGAGCUCCUCAGGAUCCCGCGCCUCGUCUGGGACGUCCAGAAGGGCGGCGGCGCCAUCCUCGAUUCCGGGACGAGCCUGACGGUGCUCGUGAGCCCGGCGUACCGCGCCGUGGUGGCGGCGCUGGGCAAGAAGCUGGUCGGGCUGCCCAGGGUGGCCAUGGACCCGUUCGACUACUGCUACAACUGGACGUCGCCGCUGACGGGCGAGGACCUCGCCGUGGCUGUGCCGGCGCUGGCCGUGCACUUCGCGGGGUCCGCGCGGCUACAGCCGCCGCCCAAGAGCUACGUGAUUGACGCGGCGCCCGGCGUGAAGUGCAUCGGCCUGCAGGAGGGCGACUGGCCCGGGGUGUCCGUCAUCGGCAACAUCCUGCAGCAGGAGCACCUGUGGGAGUUCGAUCUCAAGAACCGACGGCUAAGGUUCAAGCGGUCGCGGUGCAUGCAAUGAUUGGACUUGGACGGCCGUCAUGGCGUCAUCCAAUCGUUCCUCCCUCCACUUCAUUUUUUACCCCUCGGCGGUGGUGAUCUUUGCUGAUUCUUUUUUUUUACCCAUGUUCAGAUACUGAUGCAAUGAGAAAGUGUACCUUCUUGCAAUGCAAAGAGAGCUGUAAUCAGUUUUCCUC